AUGCCCUUGAAAACACACUGUAACAUGCAACAUGGCUGCCCUGAGGCAGAAGAUGAAGAACUGGAGUGGAAAUGCACCAAUGUACUUGACAGUUUGAGGUUUACAGCCAGUGAGAGUGAGUCAGAGGAUGAGCUUGAACAUGAUGAUGCCACAUUCCAAGUCAUGGGUGUUGGUGAGGCUGAUCUCUGUACUCAGUUGGUCAACCUUGCCAUUAGUGCUGGUGAUGACCCACUUGGUGAGACUUGGUUACCUCUGAGAGAAGCAAAGGUCAAUAACAUGUUACCACACCCUAAGUACCACAUUCAAUCUAACCAAAAUUUUGGCCACCCUAAAAAGUCAUGGGAAAAACUUUGGACCACUGUUUUUUGA